CUUCGGCUUCGGCUCCGUCGAGGUUUUUCCAUCUUCCGGAGAUUUGCAUAGAAUUGAAAUCGCCGCCCUUAGUCCGUUCAGCUGAAUCGAGAUGGUUUACAUAGUUUCGUGGGACGAAUUCGUAGAUCGAUCUGUUCAGCUUUUCCGAGCUGAUCCCGAAUCUACCCGGUAUGUCGUCAAGUAUAGACACUGCGAUGGCAAGUUGGUUCUUAAGGUUACUGAUAACAAAGAGUGUCUCAAAUUCAAGACAGACCAAGCACAAGAAGCGAAGAAGAUGGAGAAACUGAAUAACAUAUUUUUCACACUCAUGGCCAGAGGACCUGAUGUUGAUCUCUCUGAAGUCACCGGCAAAGAACCGAUGGAGACGCAGCCUGCCAAGAAAGGGAGAGGAAGGAAGCAAUAAGUCUCGUGAAUCUGUAUUUUCUAUGUUCUUUUCCUCAUAUUUGGUAUCAAGAUUUUGAUCCAUUUUUUUGUUAAAUAUUUUGAGAUGGAUUUUUAAUUAACGUUUUUGCGUUUGAACU